CGGCGUCUUGCGUGAAAAGUUAGAAAGAGUGCAGUCAGCGUGAUUGUAAAAAUAACCGUUGCCUAAGUUGGUUCUAGUCACUUAUUCCCUAGUUUAGUGUUUUACAAGACAAUUAUACAAGUAUUCGAACCUGUAUCCGUCUACUAUCGAAGAAACAACUGCUGGGAUCUACUAACAGUUGACACGCCGUGUUGAUACCCUGUUUGUAGUACACCGGACCUCAGUGCAUGUAUACGUAACUGUGACGUCCGGUAUUGACUUUUGCCAUCAUCGGGCAAUCAUGGCAUCGAGCAGGGAAGUGGAGACGUGGGUUAACGACAAGCUACACGAUAUAUUGGGUAUGAGUGAUCGAUAUAUCGGCGAAUAUCUUAUAAGCUUAGCCGGUAAAUCGAAUAGUGGAGAUGAGUUUAUUAGUCGAUUACAAGACACUGGUACUGUUGAUAUGGAUCAACCCAUGGUGACAUUCGCUCACCAAUUAUGGAAUAAGAUUCCACACAAACAACAAACAGAGAAAAGAGCAAGAAUUCAAGAAAGAGAAGCGUUAGCAUUUCAAACAAAGAAUAAACAGUACCAGUUGUUAUCUGAUGACGAUGAUGAUUAUGCCGUAACUAAGACGACAAAGUCCAAGAAAGCUGAGAAGAAGAGACAACAUAUCCGCAAGAAAAAAGUCUCUAGUAGUGAGAGUGAAAGUGAUCACGAGAUGGAAGUCGAGAAACACUACGCUGACUCUGAAUCUGAUUUGGAAGAUGAUGAGAAAGAGAGACUACGAGAUUUAAAAGAAAGGGACGAGUUUGCUGAAAGAAUGAAACAGAAAGAUAAAGAGAAAACAAAGAAUAUUACAGAAAAAUCCAAUAAAAAGGCUUACAGAGAGGCUCAGAAACGACUUAAAAUGGAAACAGAAGACAGGAAGAAAAUAAUACCAGAUUUAAGAAAAAGUUCACGGCGGAAAUAUUUAGAGAAAAGAGAAGUUGAUAAAUUAGAAGAACUGGAAGCUGAUAUUGCAGAUGAUGAAUAUCUAUUUUCUAAAUCAGAAUUAACAGAAAGAGAAAAAAAAGAGCUGAAGUACAGGAAGACUGUAUUAACACUUGCCAAAGAACACAAAAAGGCUGGGGAGUUUGAGAAAGAACAUCGUUACUAUAUGCCAAAAGAUGACAUGAAACCAUCUGAUAGGUAUGUUGAACCAUUGGAAGAAGAAUUAGGACCAAAUUCUGAACAAAAACGAUGGGAAGAAGAACAUGUGAAAAAAGGAUCUCUGAAGUUUGGGGCUAAAGAUGCAAAAAGGAAAAAUAAACAAAAACAAUAUGAGUUGGUGGUCCUGGAUGAAGUUGAAGAAAUUGAUUUUGUAAAUGCCUUGCAAAUGCCUGGGUCUGGUAAAACAGAGGAUAAUGAACAAGAAGUAUCUGAGGCAGAAAAGAAGAAACUAAGCAUACAGGAAGUGAGAAAAAGUUUACCAAUUUAUCCGUUUCGUCAGGAUUUACUGGACGCUAUUAGUGAACAUCAAAUAUUAAUUAUUGAAGGUGAAACAGGAUCGGGUAAAACGACUCAAAUACCUCAGUAUUUAUACGAAGGUGGAUAUACUAAGGACGGUAUGAAAAUAGGGUGUACGCAACCACGUAGGGUCGCUGCAAUGAGUGUUGCCGCUAGAGUCGCUGAAGAACUGAACGUCAAGUUGGGAAAUGAAGUAGGAUAUAGUAUAAGGUUUGAGGAUUGUACAUCUGAUAGAACUAUAUUGAAAUAUAUGACAGAUGGAAUGUUACUAAGGGAAUUCUUAAGUGAACCCGAUCUGGCAAGUUACAGUGCACUGAUUGUGGACGAGGCACAUGAACGUACAUUACACACAGAUGUGUUGUUUGGAUUGGUUAAAGAUAUCGCAAGAUUCAGACCUGAUUUAAAACUACUUAUCUCAAGUGCUACACUGGAUACAGAGAAGUUUUCUACGUUUUUUGAUGAUGCACCAAUAUUUCGAAUUCCCGGUCGUCGGUAUCCGGUUGAUAUUUAUUACACUAAGGCACCUGAAGCUGACUACCUAGAAGCCUGUGCUGUGUCAGUUUUACAAAUCCAUAUAACACAGCCUAUUGGAGAUGUAUUAGUGUUUUUAACUGGACAGGAAGAAAUAGAAACAUGUAUGGAAAUAUUACAGGAAAGGACAAGAAAACUUGGUUCCAAGAUACGUGAGUUACUAGUGCUGCCAAUUUAUGCAAAUCUACCAUCUGAUUUACAAGCCAAGAUAUUUGAACCAACUCCACCUGGAGCACGCAAAGUGAUAUUAGCAACCAACAUUGCGGAGACUUCAUUGACAAUUGAUGGAAUUAUUUAUGUUAUUGAUCCUGGAUUCUGUAAACAGAAAAGUUAUAAUGCCAGGACUGGCAUGGAAUCAUUGGUUGUUACGCCAAUAUCAAAGGCAUCUGCCAAUCAGAGAGCUGGUAGAGCAGGUCGAGUGGCUGCUGGUAAAUGUUUUCGUCUUUAUACUGCAUGGGCAUAUAAGAAUGAAUUAGAAGAGUCUACAGUACCUGAGAUUCAACGUACCAACCUUGGUAAUGUUGUAUUAUUGCUAAAAAGCCUUGGUAUAAAUGAUUUAAUUCACUUUGAUUUCAUGGAUCCCCCACCACAUGAGACAUUAGUAUUGGCGUUAGAACAACUCUAUGCUUUGGGUGCAUUAAACCAUUUAGGAGAGUUAACCAAACUAGGAAGACGGAUGGCAGAAUUUCCAGUGGAUCCUAUGAUGUCAAAAAUGUUACUAGCUUCAGAAAAAUACCGUUGUUCUGAAGAAAUCCUCUCAAUCACUGCCAUGUUAUCAGUCAAUAGUGCUAUAUUCUACAGACCAAAGGAUAAAAUAGUUCAUGCUGAUAAUGCCAGAGUCAAUUUCUUCCGACCAGGUGGAGACCAUCUCACAUUAUUGAAUGUCUACAAUCAGUGGGUGGAAACAGAUCAUUCCACACAAUGGUGCUUUGAGAAUUUUAUUCAACAUCGAUCUAUGAGACGAGCACGUGAUGUUCGAGAACAAUUAGCGGGAUUGAUGGAAAGAGUGGAAAUUGAACCCACGACAAAUUCUCAUGAUCCUGUAGCAAUUAGAAAGGCCAUCACAGCUGGCUUCUUCUAUCACACAUCAAGACUUAGUAAAAGUGGUCAGUACAAGACAGUAAAACAUCACCAAACUGUAAUGGUCCAUCCUAAUAGUUGUUUAUUUGAAGAGCAUCCAAGAUGGCUGAUAUAUCAUGAAUUAGUGUUUACAACAAAGGAAUACAUGAGACAGGUUAUUGAAAUUGAGAACAGUUGGUUACUGGAAGUAGCUCCUCAUUAUUACAAAGCAAAGGAAUUAGAAGAUGGUAGCGGAAGGAAGAUGCCAAAAAUGACAGGAAAAAGUAAAGAGGAAACAAGAUCUUAAAUAUAUAAUACUUCACAUUACUGUUAAAGAGACAUAGCAACAAUGUGUAAAUUUAUAGAACUGUAAGGACCUUGUCAGUUAAUACAGUUAAUCAUUUUUACUCAGUAAUAACUGCAAUCAACCUGUUGAAAUGAGUAAAUAUAUAAAUUAAUAAACAUUUAUUGUUAUAUAACAA